CCGCGCCACCGUUUCUCCGUCGCACCCCGUCCUCCCCGCUGCGCUCGUUCGGGGGCCGGUCCGGUCUUGGCCGUUGACGUCACCUCUAAGUUUGCUGCCCUCGGAGCCCCACGUGUGGCUGCAGCGACGGCCCGGGAGGCGGCGAGCGCAGUGGCCACGGCUGCUGACAGGUCCCGUGCAGCCCGGCUCGUCCACGCCGCUCCCAGGUGGGGCCCGAGAGCCGCCGGAGCGGCUGGGCGCGCACCAAGAGGGCCGGAAGGCUCGGCGCGGGUCCUCUGGCUCCCGCUCGGGUAGAGGGACUCGGGGGACCUCGCCCCGGGGCCGAGAGCGCGCGCCCAGGCGGGCCGGGGACCGAGGAAGCGGUGGCUGGGAGGCACAGUCCCCGCCGCGGUCUGCAGCGCACGGAGCUCAGCGGCCCCGGAGCCGCACGUCCCCUCACCGGGACCGAGCGAGGGAUGCACGAUCGCUGAGCUGGGACUCCCGCCGAGAGGCCGUUUCGGCCCGGGUCUGAGACGCACGCCUUCGCCACCGCCGCCGACACCCCCAUUCCGGCGACUCUCGGGGACCGGGGGCGCCGAGCGCGGCCCCGGGCUCAGGACUUGGGCGAUUCUCAGACGAUGGUUUCUUAAGCACGGCACCACGUCCCCCUUCCCGCCCCCUCGACCGGAGGCUGGGAUCCAGCGCGGGGCUCCGGGGGCUCCGUCUCCCCGAGGAGCCUCGGCUGCCGCCGCCCGGGCAGCUCGCACGGCCGCAGGGGCGCAGGGCGAUGUGGCCUCCGGCCGGCGCGCCGGCCCCCCCGGAGGAUGCCACGGCACCUGGCGAAGUCCCGGCCUAGCAUGGCCCGCGCGCUGCCCGACGUCGCCUCCGGCUAGGAUGGCCCCUCCGGCCCCGGCCGGCUCCCACCCCAUCUCGACCGAGCCGCUGUCUCGCAGCAUCUUCCGGAAGUUCUUGCUGAUGCUCUGCUCCCUGCUCACGUCCCUCUACGUCUUCUACUGCCUGGCCGAGCGCUGCCAGACCGUGUCGGGCCCCGUCGUGGGGCGGUCGGGCGGUGGCAAGGAGGCGGGGGCCCCGGGUCGCGGCGUCCUGGCGGGAGGCGCGGGGGAGCCGGUGGCGUGGCCCGCGGUCGCGCGAAGGAAGCGCCUCCUGCAAGUGCAGCCGUGGCCGAGGCGCCGGCCGCCCGCGCUGCGGGACGACGGCGAGGUGGCGGCCUGGGAAGAGGAGCCCCCUGGCCUGGCGGGGAGUCCCGGCGGCUCCGGGGCCGGGAGCAGUGUGGCCGAGACGCCGCCGGGGACCCUGGCCCUGCUGCUGGGCGAAGGGAGCAAGCAGCUGCCGCAGGCCAUCAUCAUCGGCGUGAAGAAGGGCGGCACGCGGGCGCUGCUCGAGUUCCUGCGCGUGCACCCCGACGUGCGCGCCGUGGGCGCCGAGCCCCACUUCUUCGACCGCAGCUACGACAAGGGCCUCGCCUGGUACCGGGACCUGAUGCCGAGGACCCUGGAGGGGCAGAUCACCAUGGAGAAGACGCCCAGCUACUUCGUGACGCGCGAGGCGCCCGCGCGCAUCUCGGCCAUGUCCAAGGACACCAAGCUCCUGGUGGUGGUGCGGGACCCGGUGACCAGGGCCGUCUCGGACUACACGCAGACGCUGUCCAAGCGGCCCGACAUCCCCAGCUUCGAGAGCCUGGCCUUCAGGAACCGGACGGCGGGCCUCGUGGACCGGGCGUGGAGCGCCAUCCAGAUCGGCCUGUACGCCGAGCACCUGGAGCGCUGGCUGCGCCACUUCCCCGCCCGCCAGCUGCUCUUCGUGAGCGGCGAGCGGCUGGUGCGCGACCCGGCCGGCGAGCUGGGCCGCGUGCAGGACUUCCUGGGCCUCAAGCGCAUCAUCUCCGACAAGCACUUCUACUUCAACCAGACCAAGGGCUUCCCCUGCCUCAAGAAGGCCGAGGGCAGCGGCCGCCCUCACUGCCUGGGCAAGACCAAGGGCAGACCCCACCCCGAGAUCGACGGCCAGGUCCUGCGGCGGCUGCGCGACUUCUACCGGCCCUUCAACCGCAAGUUCUACCAGAUGACGGGCCACGACUUCGGCUGGGACGGAUAACCUUAUAAUUUAAAAAGAAAAAAAAAAUCAGAAGAUAAUAUAUUUUUUUACCAAUCGGUAGAGAAGAGGCAGUUGAAUAUUUGCGCUGCUGAUAUUUCAGUAUUUUUUUCCCAUGAAUGUUGUUAAAGAGAUUGUUCUCGAGAUUGUUCUCGCCUCCGCCCUCACCGUCAUGUACAACUGCGCGCACAAACAUUUGGAGAAACAAAAAAGGAAACCUGCACGCAUCUCACUAAAUUCUCUCCGUUUUCCAUUUCCACUUCAUGUUUCAUGCGCACAGUGACGAAGUAUGAGCGUCAGCUGCCAUGAAAACUUUUAAGAAAAUCCUGAGGGUAUAGCUCGUGCUCGCUCUCCUUUCUUAACAAAGCCCGGAUAAGACUGAUGUCUACCCUUAUGUUCUUCUCCCUUUAGUUUUUCUCCUGUGCCACUUUUUCUUAACCCCUUUCCCAGUUAGUGAUUCUGUACGUUUGCACAUCACUUCCCACUUACCACAGUGCUUUCAAAUAUCAAGUAUCUUUCUUGAUCCUUAUACUCAGAUGUGAUAUAACAACAUAAUACAUGGAGAUUAUUACCCCCGUUUUACAGAUAAGGAAACUGAGUCUCAGGGAGCUUAAGUGAUGUGUCCUAAGGCCAGAUGGCGGACUAUGAACAAAACCUCAUCUUCCACUUGUUCCCUAUUUUGUGCCACUUUUUCCGGUGAGAAUGGGAAAGGCACAGACAGCCUUUAGAAAUGGUUAGCUAGUUUGGGGACCAACAGAGAGAGUUUCCUGUUGCUUUCUAAGUUCUAGGCUAGCCUCUAUGGCACUCAGACACCUUACACAGUUGUACUCAAGGAAACCACUCUGUCUUGGACACAACAUCUUUUAAGAGCCAAUCUUGGGUAGUUAAAGCACCCUGAGACGUGGAUAUCUCGACUCAAUUGAAGUUGAGAGAAAUUAUUGGAUCCUUGUAUGGAGAACAAGAUGGCCAUUCACACUAGGAGUACAAGGUGUGGUAGGAGAAGAAUUUACCUAUUCUUGUUUUGACUGUAUUUUCCUUUUUUUCUUAAAAAAAACCCACUUCAGUAAGAGCUUACAAAUAUGAAUCUCAUUUUAUAAACCUCUUUUUUAACAAAGAAAAUCUGCCUCUCUUUGUAAUAUCUUAUUUCUAAACUUGCAGCUAGUACUAAAAAAAGGUCAAUCAACAUCUCAUUUACAAGGCCCCAAUUUUUCAUGGGUGGAGGGAGGGCUGUCACUUUGUCACUUUAUUUUUCCCCAUUUCCUCUUUGUACCAGUUAUAACCUCAUAUUCGUUAGUAUUUGGAAAAUAAGAAAUGCAGAUAUGGGUAAAGUGGUGAUUUUUCCUCUUCUCCCAUCUGUUUCUGCCUGUUCCCCAUUUAGAUAGCUCAAAUAAAUCAAUAGUUUAUUAAGAGUAUUCCUUUCCUCUCUGAGUGGGCAUUAACGAGAUUAGCAUUAAUGGGAACUAAAUUGGUUUAGAGAAGAGCACAUAUGCACAAACUAUAUAAAACAUUCAUAAUUAGUCUGUCAGCAACAUUUUUAUCACAGGUUUAAACCCAAGAGGAAAAUGUCUCCAAUCUCAUGGAAAUUUUCCAUAUCUGCUAAAAUGUAAAGGACCAGACACUCCAGUAUUCUAAAAGAAUAUUCUUCUCCAGUGCUGUCAAUCAAAAGAAACUAAAGUUGUUUUACAAUAUGCAGUUUCACUGUGCAUUUGACAUAGAUGCUGCAUCGGGUGAAGUAAAUACUUCUUGAGAAGUCUCACACGGGAUUAAAAUGAAGGAAAACAAUUUAAGUUUCUAGAUAUUCUAUCAUUGCUCUAAAUCUCUGGAUUUAUUAAUUCUCUUUCACGGGGGUUAAGUAAACCCCCAAUCCAGGUCCCCUUUCCCAGCCGACAGCCUUCCCUUCUAGGCCCUCAAUUUCCCGAUGCUACAGCCUGUUUUUUUGUUCUACUUGAAUCAUCACUACCAGCAACAAGAAACGCAUUUUAAACUCUUUUCGUCUUUUCUCUUAACUCAUGUUUGUGCUUCUGACUCCCUAGUAAGCAUGUGCCGGACCUUCUGCGAAGGCGGCCUGCACAAGGACACAAGUGCAUCUAACAACUGAAUUCAGCAACCUUCAUCUUGUUGUGUUAAGAAAUAAUAAAAGAACAGAAUUGAGUGCAAAGAACCUCUUCUUGCAUGUAGAUUUUUUGUUUGGUCAUAUGAUUUUUAAAAUGAAUGACUACAGAGCAUUCCAGGAAAGCCGCCUAACUUCUAAGAAGAUUUCAUAAGAGUGGUAGAGGUUUUAGAUCCCAGCCAAGUGCAUAAAGAUCUUGGGUCAGUGUUACCUCAGAACAGGAAUUUUCCAUUUCUGCCUUUAUGUAGUACUUCCUCUUGUUGUGCACGGACUUGGCCUCAGAUUUCUUUCUUCCAUUUGGCUACAUCAGAUCAUAGGCUGUGCUCUUGAUUUGAACAUUGUAAUCAUCCUUCCUCCAAGCUCACCCCUCUUAGAGAACAACCAGAGGUCUACGGCUUCAUUCUGAAUCGUUUGCUUUUGAGGCCACGCCUAUAGUGUAUAAAUUCUUCCGGUAACUAAGAAAUUUUAAGGGAAAUUAAUUUUGUCCUAUUAACUAUAGAUUAAUAAGCUUCUAGAGAACAGAUAUUAUUCCAGAAGUAUUAAUCCCACUCUAAUUUCCUUAUUUUCAAAAAUCCUCAAAGUUAGAAUAAACCUGAAUGGUAAUGCGGAUUAAAUCCCCACUUGGCACUUGAGUCCUUUCUUUAGCUGGUUAUGCAGGGGUUUAAAACAUUGAUGUGUCUCUAAAUUAACUCUGAUUUUACAGUUGUAAAGAGGAUACGUUUCUUCUAAACACCUGCAUCCUGCAUGAGACCUGCCAAAUCUGUUACCCAUGAAGAUAACCAACAUUUAAUAUGUGAGUAAAUGGGUCCAUAAAGCGAUAACAGCUUAUAUUAAUGUAGCAGAUUACCCGAAGUACAUCUUCUCCCCUUAAACCAACACCUGCUCUCCACUUACAUUCCACCGUACAGAUGAAAAAACUAACACUUAAGACAGUGGCUCUCAACGAAAAGCAAUUUUUCAUUCCAAGUGAUGUCUGGAGAUAUUCUGGGGUCCCAAGCAUGGUGGAUUAUAGAUGCCAUCUAAUAAUGUACACGAGAGCCUUCAUAACGAAGUAUUAUCACACUUUGUUAUCACACAUAGACAUCAGCACCUCAGUGGUGCUGAGGUUUCCAGUUGACGAAGAAGUACACCAGUUACAGCUAGUCUGUGUCCAAACCAGGUCUAAAAACCAGACUUUAAUUAAGGUUCGGCUAGUAAUUCUUUCACUCGCCACUCUAGGUUUUCUCUUGAAAACCUUUCCUUCUCUAACUCUGUAAGUGACUCCACUAUGGUAACUAGAUCAGUGUUUAAGGGUGUGCUUUGUCAAGAGAAGUACUAAAGAGAAGCAUCGCUGAGCUGGGUUUUUUACAACUGAGAUACAGGAGCAGCUUGUAACAAAUGGAUCACUGCAUUUCUGGGAAGUGGAAUCAGUCAGCUUCGGGUGGAAUAAUGUCAUUCUGAUAAAACAUUUCUGAAGUCUUUUUCAAGUUCAAGUCCUGCAGCUUCAGUUUGCCUCCAUGAGAGUGCCAUGACAGUAUUUCUUGUCACCUGACACAACCAAGUGUCGAGAAAUAGAAGUAAAUGGCUCGACUUCUGUAAACCAGCUAAAUCCAGAUAGAUGUGCUAUGGUUUACAAUUGGCCCUGAAUGGCUGAAUAAUAGCAAAGGAAGAUGAAUUCUUACUGCCACAUUUUCUAGAAACCCCAGGUCUUUGUAUGGGCCCACCAUAGAAUCAAGGAAGAGACAAUCGUAUGGUUCCCCAAAUUAAGAAAAUAUGGCUCACCGUCCAGUGAAAGUCUUAGUGUAGAAAUAAAACACCCACCUGUUCUCCUAUUGCAUCCUGUAAUCACUGAGGAAGAAGGGGACUUUAAAAACCCAAACAUCAAGAAACAUCAGCGCUACUGUAGAAUUUAUGGUCUUUGAAAUAUCUUCAUCGACGUGAAGACAGAUUUGCAUUCAGAGCCUCAAUUAUAUGGUGAAAACCAUGGACAGGGAAAGUACAGACCUGUUUGUCACAUCAUGAAAUUGUGGAAUGGCAGGUCUUUCGUUUAAAGCUUAAAGAAAUGAAUUUUGGAAAAUUACAAGGCAGUGCAACCUCAAAUACAGAGUAAUAAAAUAAUGGAUUUUCGUUACGUCAGGAGGAAAUAAAACUGAAAAUAGAAAUUGCUUCUAAUAUAUGAAUCCAUUGUGGGACAUUUAGUUAGUAGGUUUUGGGCUAUAACCCUAAUUAUCUAGUUAAAUUUCCAACAGUUGGUUGUGUUCUUUUAAUAGCUAUAGGCUCAACAUCUUAAUUCUCCUCUAAUUUUACUGUCAAAAUAAAAAGUAACAAUAAAGAGGGAUCAUACAUUCUGUUGUGAGUCCUUUUCAUCCCCCAAUUCCUGGGUCUGAUAUUUUAGGUAUAUUCGAAGGAUCACAUAUGAUGAGAAACGGCAUCCUUUGUUAGCUCCUCCUGGCUGGUACAUGAUGAGGCCAGAUUCCUAGGUUGGCGCUAACUGAUUAACUCCUCAGGGGCAUUCAGGUUACUGUCUAGUCUAGACAUUGUCCAACUAUGGUCCACGUACCCAAAGUCACUUUAUAGUAAUCAUAAAGUGUUUACCAUCCUUGGGGGCUUGUUUUCAUCACAAAGGGAAGUGAUGUGCCUUUUCCCCUCCUACCUCCUAGAUCCCUGCUUCCUUCACUUUUCAAGUAACUUCUCCCCCCUCAUCCUGCCUGUGUCCACUGCUCC